CGUGACCACGCUAGGCUGCCCUCCUUGCGUAUUCCACAACUACCACCUCAUUCGCUAUGCCUAAAAUUGCUCGAAAAUCUAAGGGAGCCACGCGUUCUGAAACUGAAUCCAACAAACGUCACAGUUCCGGAACCUCCUCCACACGCAGACCGAAGGUCAUGCGCAAUCGCUGGGAACAGUACAAGCAUGACUUGUAUGGCGACGGCCCUAAAUAUGAACACCUGUACCUCUCCGACGAGAAACUGGACAACCUCUUCCGAAGACUUGGCAUACCAGAAUCUGAACUCGCGGAACAACGACGUCAGUACGAUGCGACGGUAAAUGAGAAGUUUGAGAGAAGUGGUGGUAGCGAGGGACGGGGUCUUUGCCAGGGCAGAAAACCGCAGCCCGACGAUGAUCCCGCCAAAGACAACGUCCACAUAGUUCACGUUCCAGACACCAGUCACCUGGCAAUCAGAUUUUGGGAUGGUGGCCUCGAGGAUGAGGGACAGUUUUGUCUGGACAUCUACGAUAUCGAUGCCGAAGUUCCUGUCAACUCGUCUGAGCUUGGAUUCUCUCUUGAGGUUGCCUCUAUGCCGGGUACGCUGUCUGUCCUGUGCGCUGGGAAACUCAAGAGCUGGGAGGCCAGGUCAGGCUUUACGCCUGACCAAAUAUUGCCAGGAGAAGAACGUUUCAGUGUGAUUGAGGGUGCUUAUCUUGCUCUUCACCGGUCUAACUUAGAUCCCUUCUGGUUUAAAGUACCGGCGAGACGUCGUCUGCCUGCUGGUGUACGGGCUGCAUCCCCUAUAUCUCUAUAACAACUAUGACGAUAGCACUCUUAUUCACCAGGCUCUAUGGUACCUUCGAUCGAGUAGGUAACUUGUUCGCCGCAGAGCACUCUGGAGUAGUUGUUAUGUAGCAUCACCCAAUUCGCUAUUAUGUGCACACGCACAGUUAUAUUAUUACACGCUGAUAUUCUGUGCCUAUUGCGCUACCGACGCUAUCCAUCCAUCG